UCUUACAUACCUCGUUUCGUCUGCUUUGAACGCUUUUAUCAACAUAAUAUGGCUCAGUUGUAUGACCAGUAAAAUCAACGAAUUCUACUAUAUUUAUUUGCUCCAAAAACACGCGUCUGGAAAUUUUGUGAAAAUAAUAACCCACUUAUUUAUCGGUCAACAAAAAAAAUUUUGAAAAAAGAAAUAAAAUAAUUCAAUGGUAUCUUGUGACAUUUCAUUUAUUUUUACCAAUCUUGAAUAAAAGAUCUGGUCAAAAAUAAAAACCAAUUUCACUGUACAACAUGGUUAAGUACUUUGAAAGCAGCACAAUUUUUCAAUUCAAUUGGGAUCAAGUUGCUCAAGGAUUUUGGCGCAGAUACCCAAAUCCUAAUAGCACACAUGUACUUAGCGAAGAUACUAUCUCAAGGGAAAUAAAAGAUGGCAAAUUGUACUCAACAAGGCUAUUAACUAAGACUAAUCGAGUACCAAAAUGGGGUGAAAGAUUUAUUAGCAAUAAAGGUACUGUUAAGAUUAUUGAAGAAAGUAUUGUUGAUCCUAAAGAAAAGACUCUUACAACUUAUACUAGAAACUUAGGAUUCACCAAAGUCAUGAGCGUUAUCGAAAAAGUUGUAUAUAGAGUAUCUGAGGAAAAUCCACAAUGGACUAUUGCUAGAAGGUCGGCAUGGAUUGAAAGUUCAGUGUUUGGAUUCAGUCGAGCUAUUCAAGCUUUUGGACUUGAUAGGUUCAAAAAGAACUGUGUAAAAAUGUCAAAUGGAUUCAAUUAUGUACUUGCUAAUAUGUUUCCACAAACUGCACAAUUUAUGAAUCCAAACCUUUAUCAAAUGGGUUUUAAUGAUAAGGCUGGAGAACCUUCUAUGAUUAGAUUAACACAUGCUGCAGAAGAUUUUCAACAUUCUCUACAAGACAAAGCUGAAAAAAUGAAAGAUGCAGCUAAAAAAGCAACUGAUCUCGCAAAACAGAAAGCUGGACCUAUCUAUGUCGCAAAUCAACAGUAAAUUUUGUUAAACAUAAUACAGUUAUGAGACUUAUUUUAUUUAGUUACGUAUCAAUAUUGACAUUCAAAAUAUUUUGAGAUUUAAUUGCAUUCCUUUAAACUGCCCACUAAAAAGAAAAAGCAAUUAUUAAAAUAGCUUUUCAUUCCAAUAAUAUUCGUAAAUUUCAAAUUCUUGAUCAUAUUGUACAUUGAAAACCAUAAUAAUUUCCAGGAAUUAACAUUAAUAUAAAUCAUCAAAAAUUUAUGAAUUAUUAAAUAAUUGCAUCAAUCAUCAUAGUAUUUUGUCUCCUUUUAUACUAAUCGUUUGAAUGUUAGUUAGAUACCAUAAAUUAUCUUUGCUUAAAUGUAAAAAAGUAAUGUACAUAGAUUUUUCUGUAUAUAAAUAUUUCAUUCCUUUAGCUCACCACUUAUGUUCAUUCAAAGUUGAUUAAUUUCCGUGUAAACGCUAAUGUGAAAGUUUUCGGCAAUACAGUUAUUUCAUUUAUCUAGUUUUUCUAAACUUCUUUUUAAUAUGCCUAUAGUAAAUAGCGUAAUUAUUGCAUGCAUAUAAGAACCAUAGUAGGAGUAUAAUAAUUGAUCAAAUUAAUUAUGCCAAUAUAAUUCAGGAUAUUAAAAAUUUAAUAAAUUAAUUGAUGACGAGUUGUAGAAGUGUACAUAUAUAUUUUUUAGCAAUAAAUGUGAAUAAAACUGAGAAAUCUUUAUUAUUUAUUU